UGCUAACAUCCUAGGCUGGCCCUCCUGCACACGACUCCAACACAGAGCACCACCUAACCUGCAGCAAACGUUGACUCCUCACCAACCGGUCGGGCGCACCCACGCGCCAACGUCGCAACCAUGGCUCGAGUUUACGCCGACGUCAACCAGAACAUGCCGCGUAGUUACUGGGACUACGACAGCGUUAACAUCGGCUGGGGCGUCCUGGAAAACUACGAGGUCGUGAGGAAGAUCGGCCGCGGCAAGUACUCGGAGGUCUUCGAAGGCAUCAACGUGGUCAACUACCAGAAAUGCGUCAUCAAGGUGCUCAAGCCCGUCAAGAAGAAAAAGAUAAAGCGCGAGAUCAAGAUCCUGCAGAACUUGGCUGGUGGGCCGAAUAUCGUGGCCUUGCUCGACGUCGUCAGAGACCCGCAGAGUAAGACUCCGUCGCUCAUCUUCGAAUACGUCAACAAUACCGACUUCCGCACCCUCUAUCCCAAGUUCGACGACAUCGAUGUCCGCUACUACAUGUACGAGCUCCUCAAGGCCCUCGACUUUUGCCACAGCAAAGGCAUCAUGCACCGCGACGUCAAGCCUCAUAACGUUAUGAUCGAUCAUGAGAACAGGAAGUUGCGCCUUAUCGACUGGGGCUUGGCCGAGUUUUACCACCCGGGCACCGAGUACAACGUCCGUGUGGCGUCGCGCUACUUCAAGGGUCCGGAGCUGCUGGUCGACUUCCAGGAGUACGACUACAGCCUGGACAUGUGGAGUCUCGGCGCCAUGUUCGCCUCCAUGAUCUUCCGCAAGGAGCCCUUCUUCCACGGCAACAGCAACGCCGACCAGCUCGUCAAGAUCGCCAAGGUGCUCGGCACCGACGACCUGUUCGACUACUUGGACAAGUACGAGAUAGAGCUCGACGCCCAGUACGACGAUAUCCUCGGCCGCUUCCAGAAGAAGCCGUGGCACAGCUUCGUCAAUUCCGACAACCAGCGCUUUGUCAGCAACGAGGCCAUCGACUUCCUCGACAAGCUGCUGCGCUACGACCACGCGGAACGCCUUACCGCAAAGGAAGCCAUGGCCCACCCGUACUUUGCCCCAAUCCGCGACGAGGCAACCCUGCAACAAUACCUGGCCGGCGGCAGCAGCAGCCAUUCUUGAGCCGCGCAAACGGGGCAGUAUGCGGGCGACACUGUCCUUGCGUUUCUGUGAUGCCUCAUCAUCCUCGCGCAUCGAUCGGCACUGGCAUUAAACAUCCCCUCAUCAGCCUCAGCCUCCCGUCGGGGGCGCCUGGAUUCCGAACGGAGCCUUGCCCCGAUCUGAGUCUGCGUUCUUCGGGAGGCGAGGUUCUUCUGCACGCCUUUUUUCUCCGGGGACGCGCCCGAGUCCCCCCUCACUCAUCACACCCGCGCCGUCGUCGUCGUCGCACGGGAUGGAACAGCGACAUGGAGGAUCAGCGUGGUCUCAGCACGGGGUUGCCGUUA